AUGCCGCCAGCCACAUCGAAGAAACGGUCAGCUAUCGCAUCGAAAUUGGAACACGCAGCUGCCCCCUCAAGAACAUCUAUCCAGAACAAUGUCGCCACUGCAAACAAUACCAUCCCCGCGACCCAGAUGGCGUUCGGCAUGAGCCACAUUGUCGUAUAUCAAGAACUAAUGACCAUGCGUCGAACUCUUGAUGACAUAUCCCGUCGUCAGGAGAACAGCGACGAGACCACGAAGACCAGCGAGGCAAGGCUGCAGGAGCUGCAACCCAUGCCAAAGCGACUUGAUGAUCUGGGAGCCGAGCUGAACAACCUCUAUUCAGCAGCAGAAGACAAGAUCCGUAAACAGGAAGAUGAGCUCAGGGCCUUGGCAAACAGGCUCCUCCAAAGCGACGAGGAGAGGGUAGCCUUGAACCACAAGGUUCAACAACUCGUAACAAAGCACUCCUUGCAAGCGACGCAAGAAGAUUCUGACAGUUUCCGGGUCGUUGCCAGGAAAAGGGCCCGAGCUGUUGACAGAGGAGAAGAUGCCUCGACGCUAUCUGAGUCCGAACAGCAGCCGAAGAAAUCUCGCUUUUCAUUGAGCAACAUACCAAAGCCUACAGUGGGCGCUCUACCAGUGAUAGUAACCAGGGCAAGACCAGUACGACCCAAGACUUCCAAGCUUCUUCAAACGCGAUUCGAGACCUUCCAGAGAUACGCACGAACUAAGAUGGACGAGUAUGAGCGGAACACCCCGGAGAACGGCAAUAAAUUGAGAGGAUUUAUCAACCGUUUCAUCGAGGGCAUUGAGAACGAGGGAAUUUCCACAGCGGUGCAGAACAAAAUCUUGGAAGAAUACCCAGCAUCGACUCGGGAGAUAAAAAGGCAUCAAAAACUGCGCUUCAUUGGGGUAGAGAGAGGGCUUCGCUGGGAUGAUGUUUGUCGGAUCGUGGAUGACCAGAAGUUACAAGAGAAUGUAAACUGA